CGCUCUAGCCGCGCGUGGCUUCACGCUCUGGUUUCCGGCUCCGUUCUGGCUGGGAUUCACAGGGUCGGCUGGAGACACGCUGGGCACGUGGAGGGCAGGUUUUGCUCGGGGACCCUGAUCUCCACGCCCGCAUGUUCGAAGAGCCUGAGUGGGCCGAGGCGGGCCCAGUAGCCGCGGGCCUCAGGCCCGUAAGCUCACGGCCUCGGUCGGUGGCAUCCUCCCAAAUCAAGGGCCCCAAGUACCGUCAACUCUUGGCCACGUUACGGACCCUGGAGGCAGCAUCUCUUUCCCAGCAAACCCCUAGCUUACCUGGCAGUGACUCCGAGGAGGAAGAAGUGGAAAGAAAGAAGAAACUCCACAAAAAGUCCUCGUUUGCCAGUGCCUGUGCUGUAAUAGGGAAGAAAAGGAAGAAAAAAUGUCAGAAACAGGAAUCAUUUUGCAGUGACUCUGAGGAAGAAGAUGUGGAAAGGGAAAAGAGCCACAGAUGCGCUGUUGGCAGUGACUCUGCUAAAGAGAGAAGAAAGAGAAAGUGCCAGAAACAGGCCCCUUCAAACCCAGCUGUGCACCUGGAAAAUGUUGACCAUACAGGUCCCAAAGCGCAGAAGAGCAAUGCUACAAAUGAUGCAUCCAAACCAAACCCUGAAUCUACUCCUAAACCACCCCAUACCUUGAGCCGCAAGCAGUGGAGGAACCGGCAGAAAAACAAGCGGAAACAGAAGAACAAGUUUCGGCCGCCUCAGGGACCAGACCAGGUUCUAGCCAAAGCCCCCACAGGGGAGACAGAAGUACCUCCUGUUCCCAAGCCUGACAGCCAUGAGGCGCGCGCUGGAGCUCUGCGAGCCCGAAUGGCACAGCGACUAGAUGGUGCCCGAUUUCGCUACCUUAACGAACAGCUGUACUUGGGACCCAGCAGUGCUGCACAGCGUCUCUUCCAGGAAGACCCUGAGGCUUUUCUUCUCUACCACCGCGGCUUCCAGAGUCAAGUAAAGAAGUGGCCACUACAGCCAGUGGACCGCAUUGCCAGGGAUCUUCGCCAGCGGCCAGCGUCUCUCGUGGUGGCUGACUUUGGCUGUGGGGAUUGCCGCCUGGCUUCAAGUAUUCGGAACCCUGUGCACUGCUUCGACUUGGCCUCUCUGGACCCCAGGGUCACUGUGUGUGACAUGGCUCAGGUGCCUUUGGAAGAUGAGUCUGUGGAUGUGGCGGUGUUUUGCCUUUCUCUGAUGGGAACCAACAUCAGGGACUUCCUAGAGGAGGCAAAUCGAGUGCUGAAACCAGGGGGUCUCCUGAAGAUUGCUGAGGUCAGCAGCCGCUUUGAGGACGUUCGGACCUUUCUGGGAGCUGUGGCCAAGCUGGGCUUCAAGAUCAUCUCUAAGGACUUGACCAACAGCCACUUCUUCUUGUUUGAUUUUCAAAAGACUGGGCCCCCUCGGGUAGGGCCAAAGGCUCAACUCUCAGGUCUAAAACUUCAGCCGUGUCUCUACAAGCGCAGGUGACCUCUGGACUUCCCUGGAAAGACAAAGCAGGACUGAAACACCAGGCUGAGAAUACUGAAGACUGUAUCCAGCCUGACUAUGAGCCAGGACUUGGUACCACCUUCUGUCUGCCCAAGAACAAAGCGUGAUGAA